AUGGCAAUUACUUUUCUUUUAGUAAUUAUAUUCUUAGUUGCAUUGUUGUUUAUGGCACCAAAUUUUAUUACAAAAAUAAUUAGACAACCUCGUUAACAGGAAUAAACUAAUAGUAAAUUGACACAAAUGCAAAUUUUGAAUUAAUUAUUUGAUUAAAAAGCCAAUCAAAACUCAAAGAGCAAAGGAUGUAUCACUUUAAGAGGAGAAAUAUUUAAUGAAGAGUAACAAGAAAUUAUCUCUUAAUUGACGUCGAUAUGUGAUGUGAUAUGCUUGAGUAGAACAGACUAGCCUAAUCUGCCAAAAGGUAUGUUGGAUGCAGUGCAAUAGUAAGAUCACUCAAACCUAAACUACAUAUUGAUGAUUAAUAAUAUGAAAAUUUACAUAAUUUUGUUAAAAUCGUACCAUGGUCAAUGA